GGCAAGUGUGUGAGUAGUAGAUUUCAUAAUGGAUAUCCGCCCAAACCACACCAUAUACAUAAACAACUUAAACGACAAAAUCAAGAAAGAAGAACUGAAGCGUUCGCUCUAUGCCCUGUUCUCUCAGUUUGGUCAAGUCGUCGAAAUCAUCGCCAUGAAAACCACCAAGAUGAGGGGGCAGGCAUUUGUUGUGUUCAAAGAGCUAGCUGCUGCAACUAAUGCACUACGACAACUUCAAGGCUUCCCUUUCUACAACAAACCCAUGCGGAUUCAGUAUGCGAAGACAGACUCCGAGGUCAUUUCAAAAAUGAAAGGCACUUAUGGCGACAAGGACAAGAAAAAGGAGAAGAAGAAGAAGGCGGCUCAAGAGGCAUUGGCCAACGUUGCCAAGAAACCUGCACAAGGAUCAAACGCACAACCUCAUAUUCCAGCAGUUCAGGUGCCAGACAAUCCCCCCAAUUACAUCCUGUUCCUUAGCAACCUCCCAGAGGAGACCAAUGAGAUGAUGCUGUCCAUGCUGUUCAACCAAUUCCCUGGUUUCAAAGAGGUGCGACUGGUCCCCGGAAAGCACGAUAUCGCCUUCGUGGAGUUUGAGAGCGACGCACAGGCAGGCGUGGCCAAAGAUGCACUACAAGGCUUCCGAAUCACAGCAACUUGCGCCAUGAAAAUUACCUAUGCCAAGAAAUAGAUCUAGUGUCGGUGCACUGGACAGGGGACUCAGAGAGACUAUGGGUUGGAGAUGGUUUGGACUGUCAGUGUGUUUCAUACUUUUUAGUUUUGUAAAUGCUAGACUUUUUUCGAGGAAUUUUUGUUGAUGUUUCUGUAUGAAUGGUUGAGAAAAAUCUUUGACCUUCAUGUUGUUUGUUUUUUUUGGUUUUUUUUUGAGAGAAUGAUAAAGGACAUCCACAAACUCAUGGAUGUCUGCAGAGAUGGUUGAGCUCUGACCACGUGUUCACUUCCACUCUGGAAAAAAACAGGAAGGAAGCAUCUACUUGUCACACCAUACAGCUCUGUGAAACAAAUCUCAUGUUAUUUGCUCAGAUGUUUGUGCAGGUUUUUCAGGUUUAGAGCAAACCUACAGUUGAUAAAGUUGAUGAUGCACCCGCUGAAUCUUUUCUCAAAAGUUACCGACUUCUUUUAUACCAAAAUUCCAACAUUGGCCUGAUUAAGGUAAUAUUCAGAAUAAGACAUUCAAACAGAUUGUUGGUUUAUCACUGUCAAAGAAGAUCCUAGUUAAGUAACCAUAUUAUGAUGCAAAUGUCAGCUAUUUCAAAAUUAGUUGGGUUAUUUAAAGGCUCUUUCAGACAUUGUGGCAUGGGGCUUUGUGCGUCUUUCCGAGUACUCUACAACAUGGAAGCCACCCUACCCCAUUUUAGUGAGUUAGCUGAUAUCUGCAGGUUAAAGACCAUCUAAAGGUUAAAAAUAUGCCAGGUUAGUCUCAGUACUUUGUGAUGUGCGCGGUGUGAUUUGUGAACAAGUCAGAGGGGGGGCAGGGUGUUUCUGAAACGUUUUCAUCCACGGAAAUAAAUCACAAACCACAGUGGGCCUGUAUAGAUUGUGAAGCCUGUUAGGCUAUUUCUUGCAGCUGUUAAAGUAACAUUUAUAGAAUAAUUGUGUACUUUUAAUAAAAAACCAUUU